AUGAGCAGUGGUGAAAUCCUUGACGGUCCAGCUACUCGAGACGGCGGGAGCGCCAAUGGUCCGCUAGCACAGUCGAUCCCGGAUCUGGAAGUCGAACGGAUCCCAGAUAGCCAUUUCCAGCAGGCAAGAAGGCCCCUGUGGUCCCAUGUGGUGAGGCUUGCCCUUCUAUCUUUGCUGAUCAUAUGGGGCAGUGUGCUGGUUUUGAAGUCAAUCAACCAGUUGAUGGGACAUGGUGGGAAAUCAGGAGGCAAUACUGGUGAUGGUGGUGACGAUAAGGGACACGAUCGGUAUCGGUUGCCUAAUCCUAACGUCACAGAUGAUGGAUUGCUGAAAGUAUCGUUGGAACACAUGAGAAACUCUACUUUCAAGCCCAAGUUUCAGACUCUGCAAUGGGUGCACGUUAUGGACCAUCAGGGGAAGGGUGAUAAUGGGCUGUAUUUCACUUCAGUUAACCAUACCUACUUGGUGAAAUCUGUGGUCGAUCACGACUACUCUAAAGUGUUGUUUGAGGGGGAGACAUUUGUUUACGAGGGGUAUAACUUGACCGUGGACAAUAUAGUGGCCUCUCCAGACUUGAAAAGUUUGCUUAUCAGGUGUAACACAGUUAAGAACUGGAGACAUUCGAAUUUUGCGUCUUACUUCGUAUUCGAUGAGAGAUCCUCCACAUUCCACGCCAUUGGUGAUAAUAUUGCGAUUGCACAAUGGUCCCCAACAUCGGACCGGAUCAGUUACGUGCAAGAUAAUAAUAUCUACAUUUACAGUCUCGAGGAUCUGGCUACCGUGGUGCAAGUAACAGAUGACGGUAGUUCGCAGGUGUUCAACGGUAGACCAGAUUGGGUUUACGAGGAGGAAGUGUUUGAGGACGACAAGGCGCUAUGGUGGUCACCACAGGGUGAUUACCUGGCAUUUUUGAAGAUUGAUGAAACUGACGUUUUGGAGUACACUAUCCCCUACUUUGUUCAGGAUUUGAAGGACACAUACCCAGAAAUGAAAAGCAUCAAGUACCCAAAAAGCGGGACGCCAAAUCCACAAGUGGAGCUGUACGUUUAUAACUGUGAGGAAGACUCGUUGUAUGAGUCGCACAUGAACACCCUACAUGAUUUGGAAAGCAUCUUGUUGACUGAGGUAGUGUGGGUGGCUAAUAACAGUGUACUGGCUAAGAUCACGGAUAGAUCAUCUGAUUUGCUCAAAGUUGUUAAGAUAGACGCGCUUGAAGAGGACACGACGGUAAUUAGAAGCGAAACACAGGCAAACAAUGGGUGGUGGGAAAUCACCCAUAACACAAUGUAUAUCCCGAGGGAUGUGAAGAACGGAAGACCCCAUGAUGGGUAUAUUGACGUUCUACCAAUUGAUGGGUACAACCAUUUAGUGUAUUUUACUCCUGUGAAUUCUACCACCCCUAAGGUGCUGACAAGAGGCAAAUGGGAAGUAGUGAACGGUCCCAUAUCAUUUGAUGCAGAGUUGAACAGAGUUUUCUUCGUUGCCAAGAAGAAAUCCUCAAUGGAGAAUCAUGUUUAUUACAUCAAUCUUUCAAAUCCUGAAGAAGUUGUAGCUGUGUCCGAUACAUCUGCACCAGGAGUAUACGAUAUCAGUUUCUCCGGAAGUUGCAAGUAUGCACUUUUGACGUACAAGGGCCCAAAAGUUCCAUACCAAAAGAUUAUCUCGUUACAGGGAGGGGAUGAAAGUAUCGAGGGGAGCAGGAUCGGCCGCACUUUGUUUUAUUUGGAGGACAAUGAACUGUUAAAGACCGUUAUGGCAGAUUACGAGAUACCAGCAAAAAGAUUCCGGGAAUUGGAUUUGGGGCUCGAUGAGAACGGUCAGAAAAUAUUGGUAAACUCAUUUGAGAUUCUGCCCAGUGGGUUCAAUGAGAAGCUGAGAGAUUACUAUCCGGUGUUCUUCUACGCAUACGGCGGCCCCAAUUCGCAACAGGUCGUUCAAACUUUCUCGGUUACCUUCAAUGAAGUAGUCUCCGCUCAGCUGGACGCUAUCGUCGUUGUGGUAGAUGGGAGAGGUACAGGGUUCAAGGGGACCAAAUUUAGAACGCUAGUGCACGAUCAUCUGGGUUCUGUAGAGACCGAGGAUCAAAUCGCGGCAGCGAAAAUGUACGCUAAGAAGCCAUACGUGGAUAGCAACAAGAUAUCGCUGUUUGGUUGGUCGUAUGGUGGGUACCUCACUUUGAAGACUUUGGAGAGGGAUGCCGGUAAGUAUUUCAAGUACGGGAUGGCCGUAGCGCCUGUGACGGACUGGCGGCUGUAUGAUUCCGUAUACACAGAGAGGUACAUGCACACUCCACAGGACAACCCAGAGGGGUACUCAGAAUCGAGCGUCAACAAUGUUGAAUCUCUUGCGCAGGCAAAGAGGGUUCUACUGAUGCACGGCACGGGCGACGACAACGUCCAUUUCCAAAACUCGCUGAUCCUCAUGGAUAAAUUGAACCUGGCAAGCAUCACGAACUACGAUGUCCACGUCUUCCCGGACUCCGACCACAGCAUCAGUUACCAUAACGCCAACGCAAUCGUCUACGACAGGCUCCUUCAGUGGGCCAAACGGGCAUACACGGGCCAAUUCCUUGAGGAAUAG